UAUCUCAUGAAAAUCUCUUAAUCAACGAAUUAAUUCGGGAAUACUUAAACUACAACAAAUAUAAAUAUACAGCAUCUGUCCUAACAGCAGGAACAUCCUGUGCCUGAUUUGCCAAGAGAAAGUAGCUGUCUGCAAGGAGUACAAUGUGAAGCGACAUAUUCUACAAAACAUGCAAAGAAAUUUGAUGGCCUGGUGGGUCAGAUUAGAAUUGAUUGGGUGAACUCCCUAAAACAGCAUGAAUGGGCAACAGUUUUUUUUCAAAGCUGCAAGGCAGAAUGCUGAGGCAGCAACCGAGAUCAGUUUCUUGAUAUCCAAGGCAAUAGCUAAGAGAGGGAAACCAUUGUCUGAUGGAGAAUUUGUGAAAGAUUGCUUGUGCAUAUUUACAUCUGAGGUAUCCCCUGAUAAACAGUCAAUGGUGGAGGAUAUCAGCCUUUCACAUCAGACAGUUGCUAGAAGAGUAGACAACAUGGCAUCAAACAUUGAAGAUUCACUGAUGGAAAAGACUCAGUGCCUGUCAGUUUUACAGCUUGGGGGUUGAUGAAAGCACAGAGGUGAGUGAUACAGCUCAACUGGCAAUCUUUGUACGAGGAGUAACCAAACAAUUCCACGUUGUUGAGGAACUGCUUGACUUAUGUCCAAUGAAUGGCAAAACGACAGGACAGGACAUUUUCAAUGAAGUGAAAUGUGUCUUGUUGAAAUUCAAUCUUCCAGAGGACAAAUGCUGUGGUCUAACAACUGAUGGAGCCCCUGUGAUGAUAGGCAAGCAUGAUGGAUUUGUCAGUUUACUGGUCAAGUCAGUGCCUCAGGAUGUCAUCACGCAUCACUGCAUCAUUCACCGGGAACAACUGUGUGCAAAGGCCCUGGAGAUGAAAUGUGAUGGAAAAGGUUGUUUCUACAGUCAAUUUCGUAAGGUCAAAGGGGCUUAAUCAUAGACAUCCCAAGCAUUUCUUGCUGAGAUAGGAUCAGACCAUGAUGACAUCGUUUACUUGUGCCAAGUUCGUUGGUUCGGCAGGGCAGUCACUCUAGCCAGAUUCUGGUCACUGCUUGAUGUAAUUAAAACCUUCAUGAUGAACAAAGGAAAAGAUGUUAGCUUCAUGGACGAUGAUGCAUGGCUGAAUGACUUGGCAUUCCUAGUUGACAUCACCAAGUAUCUUGCAGAUUUGAAUAUAAAACUACAAGGGAAGGAUCAAUUUGUCAACAGACUGUAUGAACACAUCCAAUCCUUCAUUCAUAAGCUGGAAUUGUUUCAGAAACAGUUGAAUAAAAAGAAUGUCGCCCAUUUCAUAAUACUGUUAACAAGAUGUGCUGAGACUGUGAACCAUGACAAGUAUUCUGCACUGAUCAGCUGUCUGCUGGAUGAAUUCAAACAAAAAUUUGCGGAUUUCCGGGAACACAGCGAUGAGUUGAAGCUGUUUGCAGAUCCAUUUGGAAUGGAUGCCACCGACGCUCCUGACACGUUCCAGAUGGAACUAAUUGACAUCCAAAAUCACGGUGCCUUGAAAGAGAGCUUUUGAAGAACAUGACCUACUGACAUUUUAUAGUCAAUAUGUUACAUGGCACUCUUUCCCAAAUCUAUUGAAUCAUUGACUUCGGUUCAUUGCACUGUUUGGCAGCACGUACUGCUAUGAACAGCUUUUCUCAAGAAUGAAGAACAUAAAAACAAAAUCAAGAUCACUUUUGACAGAUGGGCAUUUAUCUGGAAUACUCCGCAUUGCCACAUCAAGUGUACCAGCAGAUAUUGAUAACUUGUGCAAGCAAAAACAAUGCCAGGUAUCACACUAAAGAAAUCAGUGUUCAUUGAAGUUUUCAGAAAGUUAAUAAGAGUAGACUUGUACACAUCAUUGUUUUUACACUGUUUUUGUACACUUACAAUGCGGAUUGGAGCAUGCUUGUUUUCUUGAGACUUGACAAGAGUUGUAUUGUCACCUGUCUCUUUUUUUGCCUGGAUAGUUCCUGUUGUAACAGAAUGUCCCCGGUUAUGAACCUCACUGGAUAACUGUGCUCUGUGCUUGUUUAAGAAUGAACAAUAUGUUCAAGAAUAGAGCAUGAAUGAUCUGGGCUCCAAUGUAAAUUUGGAGCAGGUAAAAAUCUUGGUAAAAAUACUGUCCAGUGUUUGGAUUGUGUUUGCUUCUGUUUCUCUUUGUGUGGGAUUGGGGGUUCAACUUGUUACUACUUGUUAAAGAUGUGUUACUAACAAGUUAUUAAUUCAAUAAAAGUAAAUCUUCUUGAAGAUUAUUCUCAAAAAUGCCCA